CCGCUUCCUCAGCUGGGGUAAAAGGUUAAACUUGUCCAGCUCUGCUAAAAACGAACCAUCUCAUGACCACGAUGUUGUCUUAUGCCAUGUUAGGCCAAACCGGCGCCCGACAACUUGUGAGCAGGACUCGGGGGAGAUUUAUGAGGGACAGCAGGUGCCUGUUUACCAGUUUGCCAGAAUGUCAGUUUGUCCCUAGGACCACACACCUAAACCCUUCCUUUUCCUGCUCAUCCUCCUCCAACCAUUACAGAUGCUUCAGUGCCACAGCUGCUCACUGGAACUCUUCAGCUUCACCUGCAGCCAAUCAGAAAACACCAUCAUACAGUUAUAUCAUUGUUGGAGCGGGGUCAGCAGGCUGCGUCCUAGCCAACCGCCUCACCGAGGAUGCGCAUGAGUCUGUGCUGCUGCUAGAGGCAGGGCCUAAAGACAUGUUGCUUGGUAGUUUACGACUCUCAUGGAAAAUCCACAUGCCAGCUGCUCUGACCUACAACCUCUGUGAUGACAAGUAUAACUGGUAUUACCACACUUUACCUCAGGCCCACAUGGACAACCGGGUGAUGUACUGGCCGAGGGGACGUGUGUGGGGUGGGUCCUCUUCCCUCAAUGCCAUGGUGUACAUCCGUGGGCAUGCCGAAGACUACAACCGCUGGCAGAGAGAAGGGGCCGAGGGCUGGGAUUACGAACACUGUCUUCCUUAUUUCAGAAAAGCUCAGUGCCAUGAGCUGGGAGAAGACAGGUACCGGGGAGGCAGUGGACCUCUUCAUGUGUCUAGAGGAAGGACCAACCAUCCCCUUCACAAGGCCUUUAUUGAGGCAGGUCAGCAGGCAGGAUACCCCUUCACUGAUGACAUGAAUGGAUACCAACAGGAAGGGCUGGGAUGGAUGGACAUGACCAUUUAUAAAGGGAAGAGGUGGAGCACAGCCAGCGCCUACUUGAGACCUGUGCUGGGUCGACCCAACCUAAAGACGGAGGUGCACUGCCUGACAACCAAGAUCCUGUUUGAUGGCAACCGUGCUGUGGGUGUGGAAUACACGCAGGAUGGACAGAAGAAGAGGGUGUUUGCAGAUAAAGAGGUGAUAUUGAGCGGGGGUGCCAUUAACUCCCCUCACCUUCUCAUGCUGUCUGGAGUGGGAAAUGCUGAUGACCUGAAACAACUCGGCAUCCCUGUGGUGCAACACUUACCAGGUGUUGGCAGUAACCUGCAGGACCAUUUGGAGCUGUAUGUCCAGCAGCAGUGUACUCAGCCCAUCUCCCUUUACAAGUCCCAGAAACCCUUCCACAUGGUCAAGAUAGGCCUAGAGUGGCUCACCCUGUUCACCGGCUAUGGAGCAACUGCCCACCUGGAGAGUGGAGGAUUCAUCCGCAGUCGGCCGCAUGUCUCACACCCUGACAUCCAGUUUCACUUCCUGCCCUCACAGGUUAUCGACCACGGACGAGUUGCCUCCAAGAUGGAGGCGUAUCAGGUUCAUGUGGGACCAAUGAGAAGCACCAGUAUCGGCUGGAUGAAGCUGAAGAGCUCCAACCCUCUGGAUCACCCGAUUCUCCAGCCAAACUACCUAUCCAAUGAUAUUGACGUGUGGGAGUUCAGAGAGAGUGUUAAACUCUCCAGAGAGAUUUUUGCCCAGAAGGCCUUUGACCCAUUCCGUGGUCCCGAAGUCCAACCUGGUCCUCAGGUAGAAUCUGACGCUGACAUUGACGCUUUUGUCCGCCAAAAGGCCGACAGCGCCUACCAUCCUUCCUGCACCUGCAAGAUGGGAGCACCGUCUGACCCAAUGGCAGUCGUCGACUCGAAUGCACGCAUUCUGGGUGUGGAGAGGCUCCGUGUGGUCGACGCCUCCAUCAUGCCCAGCAUUGUUAGCGGCAACCUGAAUGCUCCAACCAUCAUGAUGGCAGAAAAGGCUGCUGACAUCAUCAGAUGCCGCCCUGCUCUUGUUGAUCCAGGAGUUCCAGUGUACCAACCACCAACACUCGACACGCAGAGAUGAAAAAAGGGGGAGAACAGCCUGAACUGUUCAGCACACAAGUAAGGGGAUGAGUUUUGAAGAGAGAUGAAAUUAGACCAUAUCCCUCUCUCUCUGUUUGCAAGUAUUUGCAUCCAUGUCUCCAUGAGAACUAAACAAAUGACAUAACACAUCCUGGGGCAGCAUUACUAGUGGUCCACUAUCCAGAUAUUAAGCAACAGUAAAUAAUAUUAGCCUCUUGUCUUAUUGUACACAUGGUAACAUAUCAAAGUUAGAAGUGGUUAGUAGUAAUAAUAAUAAUGAAGUUCUAUAUGUCUUCUAAAUUGGUCUUGAAUACAGUGAGUUUUUACUGUUUACAUCUUUUGGUACAGUGACAGUUUUAAUCAGACAGCAGUCAUUCUGUCCCUUCCUUAUAUUAUUCAAUAAUGAUUGGUUUUAUUUUCCAUUCUAAAUUACACAUCUUUAGUGAUACUAAAUCUAAUGUGAUGAAACGUGCAGACAUCCUGAUAACUGUUUCCCUCCCUGUGUCAUUAUUGAGCAUUUCAUAACUAAAACCAGAUGUUUACUCAGGUGUACAAAGUUAAAUUGAACUUUAAACUGUGGGACCAACACAGCCAAUACUGAAGAUAAACAAAUCUAUUUUGCUUGAUUUUAAUUGGAACUCAAGUUAGUCUCCAACUACAAACUUUCUCUUGCCUCAGUUGAUUCUAAACUUAGACAUUUCUACAGUCAGCUGUGUGCUGGUGCUUCGUGAUUGUUUGCACAGUCACUGUGGAUGUAAUGGAAAAUUGUUCCUCUGAAAAUUUGACCUUAUUUGCCUAACAUGACUUUUAAAUAUGAAGAAUUCACCAACUGUGACUUGUUUGUGUACGCUCUGAUGUUACAACCCUUUACAGCUUCACAUGACCAUGGUGAAUUUAUAUAAAUGUAAAUUGCGCCCUGCCCUGUAUUUUUGAACUUUUCUAUAACAUCAACAGUCUGACCCGAACAAUGCAUUCAGUCUCCUUCCUUCCAGUUAAAACAGAUAUUUCUUUGAUAACCUUUGAGAUAAUCCCUUGUAGGGCUUCCAGUUAAAUCGAUGUACAAACAAUACUUGUCUGGUGCCCGCAGCCUGCACAAUUUAGUUUUUGUCUACUCACAGGAGGAUUUAAAGCUGUGCUGUGUUUUAACACUUUUGUGAAUGAAACAGAGCAGAACAUAGAGCCUUAUAUGGCAGUUUCUGGGCUGUAGAUUAUGAUUAUGAUCACACGUCAUGAACAGGAUGAAACGAUCAAUUUGCGACAAGUUCAGGCAGUUUGCGAGUUUGUUCGUGGAACACUCGAAGCAAGUUUUAGUAUGAAAAUAUAAAAAUGUUCUUGCAUGAGCCCGAUUGAAGCCUGGGUACAGACAGAGAAAUAGUCCUCAUUGCAUUCAGAAUACAAUCCUCAAUCCCACAGGAGGAUAAUUCAUAUACUCAUGUCAGGAUAACUCAAGAGCAUUGAUAGCAAUGACGAUGAUAGAGAGGAAAAACUUUAAAGUUCAUAUUUACCAUCCUUUUUUUUUAUCCACCCGCACUUAAAUGACAUCCACCUUUCCCUCGAUUUUCCUACAUGCAUCAUACAGGCAACCGGGCAUCCUUGUUUCCUGGCAA